AUGGUGGAGAUCCAGGAGAAGUUGCUGCUGGCCUACGAGGGUGGCCCCUUAGUCCCGAUUCCUGAGGAGUUCCUCUUCAGCAACACUGCUGGGAAGUUCCUUCGUCUACGAGUCUCACAUGCCGGCAUUUGCAAGCUGAUUGCUGGCAACAAGUACUCGGAUUUGUUCAAGCAAGUGAGGAACCCAAGCUUGAGCUCGGGCCCCAACUACAAGAAGCUGCUGGACGAAAUCCAAACAGGGUACCACCGACAAGCCAAGCAACUGCUGGCCUCAGCUAGUAGUGGCAGUGCUGGUGGCGAAGACUUCUUCGAGGACGGGGGCGAGCAGGCGGACAAGGUGCGACCCAAGAAGGUCCUCAUCAAAGAUGACAUGCCUCCAAUCUUGGAGCUGAUGCUGGAUGGGACACCAAUCAAAGUGGCAACCCCUCCAUCCUUCCGAAACAUGGUGGCAUCAGUGCUGGUGGAGGAGACCAACUUGAAGAACUGCUUCGACUUCUUGUCGAAAGACAUUCCCAACUGCUGGGGCGAUGCUGGUGAGCAGCAGAAGCGAAAGUACAGGAAGAAGUCUUGA